AUGUCAGAUCCAAAACUUGCUCCCUUCAGCCUGCACACUACUUCAUAUAAAACCGUGCAAGGCGUCGGAUUUCCCGCACACAUCCUCAUUCCUAAAUUCAUCGCUGCCUCCACAACACCGGGAAAAUACCCGGUUCUUGUGAGAUUUCAUGGAGGAUUCUUAGUCACAGGCUCAGCACUCCACACAGAAUGGUUUCCUAGUUGGGCUAUCGAUCUCGUGGUGAAGAACGAGGCCAUCCUUGUUAUGCCUGAUUAUCGAUUAUUGCCUGAGGCUAGUGGACAGGAGAUUUUGGAGGAUGUGAAGGAUUUUUGGGGGUGGCUAGCUUCUGGUGGUAAUGGACUCUCGUCGUAUCUCUCAGGACUGAAUAGUAACCUUUCUGUGGAUUUUGAAAAAGUGGCGGUUUUUGGUGAAAGUGCGGGAGGGUAUCUGGCUAUCCGCAGCUCUCUUUUCUCCGAAGAUUUCUGGAGGAAGAAGGAGGGAUUCACAGGCCCAAAAGUGGUGAUUGCAGCGUACCCCAUGACGCUUUUGAGAAAGGAGUGGUAUUCCGUGGCUAGCGAGACGAAAAGUCCUUUUGGAGUUCCACAGUUAGAUGGGGGGUUUCUGGAUGAUCAUAUUGCUGAUAUUGGCAAAGGGGGUGAGAAAAUGGUGAUCAAGGCGGACCCACCUGCGAGAUUAGAAAUCGCAGUUACGAUGGUGCAGAGAGGGAGGUGGACGGAGAUUUUUAAGAGGGAUGGAGAGGAGGGAUUGUGGUUGGAGGAUGUUAUUGAGAAUUUGGAUGUUAAGGAGGGGAGGGAGAGACCUUACUUGUUGGCAUUCCAUGGAACAAAAGAUACGGCUGUUCCGUGGGAGGAUACUAAGGAGUGGGUGGAGAUUUAUGGGAAGAAGUUUGGAGAGGAGAGAGUGAAAGGCGUUUGGAAGGAGGGGAUGGAACAUGGGCUUGAUGUGUCUAUGGAUGAGGAGAAGGGGGAGGGAAAGUGGCUGCAGGAGGAGUUGGAGGUGGUUAAGAGGGAGUGGUUGGGAAAUUAG